AUGGAGGAUAAAGAGGGAAGAGAUGGGAAAAAAAGACCUCAUGAAGAAGAUCCUAAAUCUUCUUCAAAUGAAGAUAAUAAAAAACCAAAAUUAUUAAAUUACUAUCGACUGGCAACUGAGAGUUCCAAUAAUUCUGGUUCAGAGAGUGUUCAUAGCAUUCAAGAUAGAGAAACUGAUAUUGUUCAGGAUACUUCGGACACUGAAACAGCUCCAUCUAGCAGCCAUAACGAUGUGGGAAUUGAGUACGAUCUUGUUAGCUUACCGGAGGUACCACCCAGCCAAAGUUUUUCUUCCACUAAUUCCGAGGGUAAAAAUUUGGGCCUCACUUUAGCCCAACUUAUGUUUAACACUACUAUUGGGAAAAAAGGCCGCACAACAGUUUUUAACACUUGUUUGAAAUGCAAAUGUUGGAAUAGCAACAACCUAUACAGAUAUUGCUUCAGAUGUUUCCAGGAGCGCAAAAGAAGCUUCCCUCCGAGGCCGAAAGGGUUUAAAAAGAGAAAAAACACAAAUAACAUCGAAAAAAAGGCAAUUUUCCCCCCUCAGCGGACACUUCCGAAAGUCGACAGCAAACUAUACUCGGAUAUCUCGGAUGAACCGCUCAAAGACUCGGAUACCACCGACAAACUAUACUCGGAUAUCAACGACAAUAUGACAAACGACUCGGAUAUCCCGAACCGAAACUCGGAUAUUCGUCCCGAAAACUCGGAUAACGACAAUAAAGAACCGCAAAACUCGGAAAUUGACUAUAAACUCACCGAACAAGACCUCAAACUCCUGGAAACUGCGUACGAAAUCUUGGAAAAUAACUACCAAGUCUUUGAAGGGGACUUUCAAGUCCCGGAUGCAAACAAAUCUAACUCGGUUGGAGAGCGCAAAGUCUGGGGUAUCCGGUUCAAAAACACGGACGAAGAUUACAAGGUUUACGUGGCCGAAAUGGCCGACGAAAACGCCAAAAACUCGGAUGAUCGCAACGAAAAGUUCACGCAGACUAAAAACUCGGAUACCGACUCGAAAUUCACGCAGACCGACUCGGAUGUGGAUCUGUGCAUGUUUUGCCACAGCGCGCCGAAAAACGGCAUUUUUUUGCACACCAAUAUGGCGCACAUGUGCUGUUGCUACACGUGCGCCAAAAAAAACGCUCAGCCUGAAGAAAAGGUGCCCCAUCUGCAACGGGGCUGUUUUUAA